UCACGAGAAAAAAUAUUGAAAACUGUUCGAGGCUGGAUGUUUUGGUCCAAACUAAAAGCAAGUGUAUAGCUAAAAGUUUUCCUAAUUCGUGUAACUACCAGUGUUAAAUAAUGUCGAAGGAAACGGUAUUCAAGGUUCCAACCAUAGAUCCAAAGGUGUUACAGAAAUCCCGGAAGUCAGAUCUACCUCGUACUGCAACGACGGUAAACAUUCCGCUACCGUCCAAAGACGACGCUAGCAGCGGAGAAUCGUUUGAAGAAGACGUUCCGCUAAUACCCCCGGUGCCGUACAAAGAACCGACGUGGUCAGACAAAUGUGACCAACAGCGGAACUAUUGCUUCGAAGUCGAAAAAAACGGUGUUAUCAUAGAGGAAAUUAAACGUCUGCAGUGCAAACCUUUCUGGUUGUUUGGCCGCUUGCCGAACUGUGAUAUCAACAUAACCCAUCCCACAUCGUCUCGGUAUCAUGCAGUUCUACAGUACCGUCCAUCGUCGGCACAAGUUGUCUCAGGAUCGCAUUCGUCAGAUGAAGACGAACCUGUGGAAGAAAAGAAAAGUUCAAAGCACGGUAAAACUGUAUCGAUUGAAGGCGGAUGGUACCUAUACGACCUGAACAGUACACACGGUACAUUUUUAAACAAGCAGCAAAUACUUCCCCGGACAUACGUUCGCGUACGUGUCGGAUAUAUGAUCAAAUUAGGAUCCAGCUCAAGAACCUACAUCCUUCAAGGGCCGUCGGACGACGAAGAUGCACCAACCGCACUAACAAUAACUGAGCUGAAGGAACAGGCCAGAAAGCAACAAGAGCUUCGUAAGGAGAUGGCAGAAAUCGAACGGAAGGAAAAGGAACGUAUAGAGAAGCUGAAAGAAUCGGAAGGCAUUACCUGGGGUAUGGCGGAAGAUGCGGACGAGGCGACGGACCUCACGGAAAACCCGUACGCUACUUCGAACAACGAGGAGCUAUUUUUGGACGAUCCCAAAAAAACAUUGCGAGGAUAUUUCGAGCGGGAAGGCCACGAUUUGGAAUAUAAAGUAGACGAGGUUUCCUCCGGAACGUACCGCUGCAAGGUGGAACUUCCGAUAGAUGAUGAUAACGGACGGCCGAUUGUAGCCGAGGUAACGCAUAAGGGCAAGAAAAAAGAGGUUGUUUUGCAGUGCGCAUUGGAGUCUUGCCGAAUACUGGAUCGUCACGGAUUGUUGCGACAAGCAAACCACGCCCCACGCCGUAAGCAUCGUAAGCAGUCUGAUUCAGAUGAUGAUGACGAUUUUCUUGAUCGAACUGGAGCAGUGGAAAAACGCCGGGAAAGGAAGCAGACCAGAGAGAACCCUCAACUUCGAACUUAUACAGAUUUGAUUCAUGAGGAAGCACGCAUUUUGGAACGUCUGGAGUUCAUUGAAAACAAGAUUCAGAACAGUCAGGUAUUGAAGAAGGACAUUCAUUUGCCUGAGAAUGUUGACGAUGUGGAUAAAUUUUUGGAGAAACUAUCGAAGGUAUCUCCAAAUGACAAAUUCGCGAUCAAGCGGCUACGUCUAGAGCAAACGGAACUUCGAGCCGAUUUAGAAACGGUUAAAAAGCUGAUCAAUGCAGUUAAACCGGUAGAUCUCGAAAGCAUUGGCAAGGAGCGGAAGGAUGAAGUGGCGAAACAAAAACUGAUGCCCUUGUUUGGAAAACGAAACAAGCUAAGCAAAACAUUCGGAAUCCGUGAAUCUACGAUAACGGCGGAGAAGGAUAAUGAUAUCGAAAUCAAAAUGUGUGCAGACAAUGAAUCCCAACCUAGUACUUCCUCCAAAGAGGGCAAACAUGUUCCCUCUAAGAUCUCCCCAAAGGCAGCCACAGGAGAUUGCAGUGUACAGACCCAACGGAAGCGAUCAAUUGAAGUUUCUGCCAAGGAGGGAAGUAGUUCGAAAGGGAAUGAAAAAUGCACGGAAACCACAGGCAACUACGAGCAAGAUAAUGGGAAGAAAAAACGGCGGCAUCGUUUGCGAGAUAAUAAGCCCCGGGACAACGUUGACUAUGACGAUACCAUGGAAAUGGCGAGCGAUGAAAAAAAUGUUGAAUGGGUACCACCGUCCGGUCAGACUGGCGAUGGAAGAACUUCUUUGAAUGAAAAGUAUGGUUACUAAAGAAAGCGAAUAUUGUUAAGAAAGGCCACCAAGAGCGCCGAAAAAUGAAGUAAUAAAGUCCGCAUCUUUCUGCCAUUUC